CACCCACACAUACAAAGACAUAUGGGCAGUUCUGAAGAGUCAUGGGUUAAAGCGAUGCCUGUUCACAUGAUGGAUCCAAAGCUCACCUGGUCAAUAUUGCUCUUCUGUCUGAUUGUGCAAGUCGAUUGUGGCCCUCACCUGUCAAAACAAGAUGUGGCCCUGCUGGCUGAUGAGGAGAAUCCAAAGUGUUUCACUAGAAAUCUAGAGGACUUAACCUGCUUCUGGGAGGCACUUGAGGGAAAGACAUAUGAAUUCUUCUACAGAACAGACGAUGAAGAGAGCAGAUGCAAUGUGAGUGAGCAGGAGAGUAAAGACGGGAGAAUCCUCCUUGUUUGCUUCUUCCCGGCCAGCGAUGUCUUCUUGUUCACAUCAACACAGCUCAGAGUGGUGGACACACACACCAACACAACUGCCUACAGCCGCACUGUUGAUGUAGAGAAACAGCUUCUGCUGGAUCCUCCACUAAAUGUAUCUGUUCACCUUACUGGAGAGGCUGGACAACUGCUGGUUAAGUGGAAAGCGCCAAAAGAAUUUGAAAAUCAUCUGCAGUAUGAGAUACGAUACUGCUCUGCCUUACAGGACACAGUUAUACUGGUCAAGACCAACAGAUGUGAACACAAGCUGCUCUCCUUGGUCCCAGGAGACACAUACACAGUGCAGAUGAGGCUCAAGCCAAACAGCUCCAGUAUAAAAGGUCACUGGAGUGACUGGUCAUCCUCAGUUACAGUCAUGGUUCCUCAGCCGGCAGAUGACAUUGAAUUACAAUGCCACACUCCUGACCUUCAUCAAGUCCAGUGUAGAUGGAACAAAGAACUAUAUGGUGAUGGCAAUUACAGUCUGCAUUACAGACAAACGAACAGAAGUACUUGGGGAAGCUGGAUGAUCUGCGACAGGUCUAAUGCUUCUGAUACGCAGUGUGUUCUCCAUGGAGGUGAAUCCACCAUGUUUGAGGUUUACCUCAGAGUUGGGUUGAAGCCUUUUAGCAGAACCUUUUACAUGGACAUGUUCAUGAUGAACAACAGCAUUAAAACAGAAGCUCCAGAGGGACUGAAGGAGGAGAGUGAUGGAGAAAGGCAUUGCCUGAGAUGGAAUUCCCCUCUUCCGCUCAUAUCCCAGCACCUGAUCUAUCAGAUCCGCUACCAGCUCCAAGGAGAGAGUGAGUGGAAGCUCUUCACAGUGCCAAGUCCAAAGACCAGCAUUUGUCUGGAUGUGCAAGUAGGCAGUCAGUAUUCCAUCCAAGUCAAAGCCAUGCCUAAUGGAUCACUGUACAGUGGGCACUGGAGCGCUUGGUCCAGAUGUCUAACAGUACAAUUGCCUUCAAACACAGGAUGGCUGUUUAUUGCAUGUGUCCCAUUCAGCUUGCUCAUCAUUUCCGUCAUGAUGUUCCCUUUCUUCUCCAGAUAUGUCAGUAAGCUGAAGCGGUUUCUAUGGCCACCAGUCCCAAACCUUAAUGAGAUGCUGGAGAGCUUCCUGAAAGAUAUCAACGGACAACACUGGGAGCCCAACUUCAGCACCAAGCUGUGUGAUGAAGACAUCCCUGCUUCAGUGGUGGAGAUCAUGUCUGAAGGAGACGCUCAUGUCAUGAAGAAACCAGCUAACUGCCCUCAUUUCCCACAAUACGGCUCCUUGGCUUGGGAUGGUAAUGGAGAGUGUGCUGUGGAUGGGCUGGAGGUGAACCGGGAGUAUGUGACCUUAAACACCGUUCUCCCAUGCCUGACUGGUAAUGACUAUGUCUACAAGGUGAAUUCUUCAUCAGGCCAGGUUGGGGAAAAACUCUUCUCAGUCUAUUAUACCACCUUCUCAACAUCCACCACCAAUAUCUUCAACCACUCGUAUGUGCAGGCUGGGGAUGUUGGAGCUCGAAUUCCAGCGCAUCACUACACCAACUUAGAAAACACAGAUACAACAGCUAAGACAGAGUGAAGAGUGAGGACUAUGCUAGAUUAAUAUUGCAGCAGGCACUGUUAAAGCAAGGGCACAACCUAUACAAAGUUAAAGCCCACCAGAUUCAGAAACAUGAAACUAGAGUGGAAGGCAGUCAAACCCAGGUCAAGGUUAACCGUCAGAGUUCCUGUCCAUCUCUGGGCAGAGUGUAAAUACGCACUUCUGUGUUCUCGAUCUUGCUGGUUGACUGUUGACCACAUCUGAGGUCAAGAAGAACUGUACAUUGCGAAUAAUGUUUGGGAAUUCAUCGUCUUCAAAUUGUAAGUCAUGCCGCUUGCAGAAGCUUACCAAAAACUCUGCCACAAUAGGCAGUUUCAACAAAACCAAAUGAGUAUGCAACCUCAAAACUGAAGUGAAAAAUAUAUUUCACAACAGAUAAGAUCUACAAUACUUCCUGAGAAAUAAGGAAGACACAAUAAUCACUCAUCUUUCAAACAUAUCCCUAUUAUAUUUGUCUUAUGUAUUGAUGCACUGUAAAAAGCAAUGUAAGUAAUAAUGUAAGUAGCCUGGCUGCCAUAAAUUGAGUUUGACUUAAUUAACAGUAAUUACAACAAACAGUGUGUUAUAUCUGGUCAUUUUACCUUAUUUGAAAUGUAUUACAAUUUAAAACAUUAAAAACAUUUAAGGCAGCCCAGUAAAAGUUAAAAUAUCAAAGCAUUUUUACAUUUUCAGUGUUUUGUGAAAACGAGUUUGCUGCAUUUGCGAAGCAUUUUAUUUAUCCUGAGUGCAAUCAAUAAAAGGAGCUUGUAAAUAUGUGGUUGAUAUAAAACACAUUGCUAUAGAGAACAAAGCCUUCUGUAGUAAAGAAAAUAAAUGCAUUCUGCAUUUAGCAGUAUUUUGUAAGCAGAUUGUCUGUAUACCAGCGUUUGUAUUAUUUUCAGAAUCUCAUUUUUUUAAUGUGUAUAAAC